AUGUAUUAUGUGGACUCACAGAAAACUUUAACGCGCCGCGAAAGUUCUCUUGUCGUUGAAAAAGAUGAAACUAAAAGCGAGUAUGAGGCGUUGUCUACCGCGCGUGGUCAAUCCACGGCGCGUCUUGUUAGCGAAUCGGGGGCUUCCCUAAUAGCCCGACAGAGGGGUUCUGUUCAGAGGGAACUGGUCACUCAGUUGUUUGAGUCUAUGCUAGAUCAUAUUGUAGAAUCGUGGUCGGUUAUAGAGCCUCCAAAACCGGAGGAAGGCCCCACAGAAUUUCCACGCACAGCUAGUGAAUUAACAUUGCCAGGCAAAAAGAAGAAAGCUAUUAGUGGAAAAUCCAGUAAAAACAAACGAAGUCAGUCGAAAAUUGAUUUAGACAAUACACAGCAAGAAACAGCUUUGCCUCAAGGUCACUGGUCAUGUCCAGACGAAAGAGCUAUUAUAAAAUUUCGUAAUGGAAAUUUGUAUGAAGGUAGUAUAUCAAUGAAAUGCAUGCACGGAGAGGGACGUUUUCAAUGGGCCGACGGAACAGUUUAUUUAGGACAAUUUAAAGACAAUGAAAUACGAGGCAAAGGUUUUAUUCAGUGGAAGGAUGACACUUGGUAUGAAGGCCAGUUUGUGGGGAACCUUCGUCACGGCGCAGGAUUAUACGUAGACUCACGGAAACAGCGCUCUUACGCAGGCGGAUGGUUCUCCGGCACUAAGCAUGGCUUCGGAGCAAUAUACUAUUCAGGAUCAUUUAAAAAUUCUUAUAACGGAGAGUGGGUUUAUAACGUGCGUCAUGGCUUUGGAUCUCGUGAAUAUUGUGCCUUAAGUGGUUAUAAAGGCUAUUGGGACUACUAUGUCAGAGAAGGAAAAGGUUUAAUGAUAUGGCCUAAUCACGACUUUUAUAGAGGCGAGUGGAAAAAUGGCGUCAUGUCUGGUUAUGGGAUUUAUAUUUGGGAUUCCUAUUAUAACAACGACAUGUCUUUACCCUCCAUUACUGCAUACAGGGGGAAUUGGGAUAAAGGCCAGCGACAUGGAUAUGGUAUACUUAACCUUGGCUUCGGUUUAGGCUCAUAUUACAAAGGCGAGUUUAAAAAUAAUAACAAGCAUGGUCCAGGGACUUUCAUUACAAAUGAUGGGCUUAUAUUGCAGGACAAAAUGUUGUUUAUAGACGACAAUUUUGGUCCAUUGAACUCUAAUCAAGAUUACAAUAAUUAUACAUUAGAAUGCAAACGAAGCCAAACGCAAGAGCCAUUCGAAUUUGACAUUUGUGAUCAAUAUAUUGGUCUUUUCUAUCAUAUAGAACAAGCACUUAAGGAGCUUGAUAAAGAACAAGAAACGAGAGAUAUGUUGAUAAGGGAAUUUUAUGAAAAUAAUAAAAUUCUGGGUUCUAUAUCUCUACAAAAGAACGAGAAUGUUAAAGAGAAUGAGAUAGAUUUCAAAUUCGAAGAAUUUUUGAAAUUCGAAGAAACUUCAUUGCGUAAAGCGCUGCAAUGUUAUGAAAUACAACUCAAACAAAUUUACUAUAAAUACGCUACAAUUUGUAACGAAGAAGAAAUUUACUAUACGCCAAUCCUGAUUCGUCUAUACUUAUGGCAGCUCUAUUUCGAUUGUAACAUUCACGAGAAACAUUUAACACUAGUAGAAAUCGAUAACAUUUUUCAUGCUAAUCCAGAAUGGCUUGCCAGGUCGCCUCACAAUCCUUUCGAAAAAAUUUACUUCUGGCAAUUUUUGCACGGCCUUAUAUCGAUUGCUAGGAAGUUGUAUGCGAAACGGCAUCUGCCUGAAAAAAGACCUGAUACGAUUCUGGCCAGUGCAUUUAGGAAUUUUAUGGACAACGAUGUUCUACCAGGAGUAGGUCGUAAAAAAGGAUUUCUCACCAGUGGAUAUGGCUUAUUUGUGCCCUUGACAGGAACCUAUAAUUUGUACCGUUGCUUAGGAGAGCCAUGUACAGUACGAGACUUUUUAUGUGCAAUGAAAAGACCACAGCAUUGCACCGAUUUACUACAACCAACAUUUAGGGAUGACGAAGUAUUGCUAGGUCGAAAUGCUUAUGUAUUUGGCGAUGAACUAACCUUUAUUGCAGAGUCCGCGCAGUUAGAAGACAAUUCUAAGGAAGAUCUAAAGCUGUUCAACAUCGGCAACCUCUCGAGCAAAGCUGUCAUUCUCUUUUUCUCAUCAAUUUUCCCGCAAAUUAUAAAAAAUGACAAAAUCAUGAGCCUCGACGUAAAAUUAACUUACUUUGAAUUUUAUCAAGUCCUCAUCGCCUGCGUUGAAGAAAGCAUUCGUUUAAGAAAUGAAGAGUUAAAGUGUCAGGAAAAAUCCACAACAAGUAUUCCUACAGAUAACUUGCCUAAGUUAAAAUAA